CCAUAUCAGUGCUUCAUAAAUCUUUCUUACGUGGACCACCACACUAUGUCCAUACAAGUUCCCUACAUAUAAACAUAGUUCUUCACCUCUCCUCCUUGCUUUUUAAUCUUUCCUUGAACUUCAUUACAAACAGGACUUGACCUUCCCUUCUAUUUUGUUGUGAUCUAUAGGAAACAAGGCUAUGGGAAUUAAUAUUGUUUCUGCCAUGGGAGUUUGUUUGGGCAACCAAAUCAAAGCCGAAGGCCCGAUUAAUUCCGUUUCAGGGUUGAGUUCAAAGAGUGUAAAUGAUGAUACAGAAAAUGUUGGUAGCCCAUGUUGCAAGGUUUCUGAUGAACUCAUUAGCUCAAGUAAUGCGGGAGUGAUCUUGCAAUCGUCCAAUUUGAAGAACUUUGCUUUGACAGAAAUUCAGGCUGCUACGAGAAAUUUCCGUGUAGACAGUGUGUUAGGAGAUGGUGAUUUUGGAUCAGUUUUUAAGGGUUGGAUUGAUGAACGUUCAUCUUCUGCUGCCAAACCUGGCACAGGCAUUACUGUUGCUGUCAAAAGACUUAACCAGGAUGGCCUCAAAGGUCACAAUGAGUUGUUGGCUGAUGUGAACUAUCUAGGCCAGCUUUCCCAUCCUCAUCUAGUGAAAUUGAUUGGUUAUUGCCUAGAAGAGGAAAACAAAAUUCUGGUCUAUGAAUUUAUGCCUCGUGGCACCUUGGAGAAUCACUUGUUCAUCAGAGGCUCAUAUUUUCAACCUCUUUCUUGGAGCCUCCGGUUGAAGGUUGCUGUUGGUGCUGCCAAAGGCCUUGCAUUUCUUCACGGUGCUCAAACAAAAGCGAUGUACCGUGAUUUCAAGACUUCAAAUGUCUUGCUAGAUUCCAAUUAUAAUGCAAAACUUUCUAAUUUUGGCCUGGCAAAGGACUUGUCCACGGUUGAUAAAAGUCAUGUCACCACCAAGCUAACCUACGGAUAUGCGGCUCCAGAAUACUUAGCCACCGGUAAUCACACUGCUAAAAGUGUUGUGUAUAGUUUUGGAGUUGUGCUAUUGGAAAUGUUAUCGGGGAGGAGAGUUGUCGACAAGAACAGGCCACAAAGACAACACAAUUUGGUGGAAUGGGCUAAGCCAUAUCUAUCCAACAAGCGUAAGAUUUUGCGCGUGUUGGAUAGCCGUCUUGAGGGCCAAUAUGAAUUAGAAGAUAUUUAUAAGGUUGCUACACUCUCCCUAAGGUGCCUUUCUGUAGAAGCCAAGUUGAGACCAAACAUGGAUGAGGUUGUUACAAAUUUGGAGCAGUUGCAGGUUCCUCAUGUAAAUGAAAGCAACAAGAAUCGUUUGCGUAGAAGAAGUGCUGGUGAUGUUACCCAUGUUAGAACAGCCGCAUCAGCUUUUCCCCAACGUUCUUCUUCUAUGUUAUGUACAUGAUGACAUUGCACAUUGCAAAUACACUAUCCUUGAAAAUUAACAAAAGUGAAUGUCUCCACAUGAGGUCAUUCCAUGCCAUAAACAUUUGUUACUCAAUAGAUUGUACAUAUCUUACUAUAGCUAAUGUUUGAGAACUAAACUUCUCUUGGAAAUUCUGUUUGAUGAGAGUGCCUAAGUCUAUGAAUAGUUGGAAUUUUUUGGUAUUUGUAAAUUGUAACAGCUAAAUAACUGCAUUGCUAGUGCUUUUGUAUGUUUAUCUUGCUAGCUCAGUUUUGUUAUGCUGUUUCCUAAUACAAUAUACAACAAUGAUAGAUAAA